CGAUCAAAAAUAGACUAAAUACGCCAAAAAAAUAAAUAAAUUAAUUAUUUAAAAUUUUAUUAUUAAAAAGAAAAAAAAAUAUAAAUAAAAUAAAGUUGGAACCUUUCUCUGUCACACACUCUCUUCUGAGUCUCUCUCUCUCUAGAGAAACUAGAAAACCAGUAUUUUGAUUUUCUAGAGAGAGAAAGUUUCGAUCUUUUUCAAUUUUUUUUUUAUUAUUUUGGGGAAGACACAGAGGAAUGAUGUUGAAGGUUUCGUGCAAUGCGGCGGAACAAAUUCACUCCUUAGCCCAAUGCCGAUUCUUUGGGCCGCCAAAGUCAAAGCCCAGGCCCAUUUUUACUCGCCGGAGAGUUGGGGUCUCGUUCUGUAAUCCGACGACGAAAAGUUCCGUUCUUGCUGUGGUUUCUGACCGGAGUAGCGGUGGUGUUGUUGCUUCUGAAGAUGUUGAUACUGGAUUGGGGAGUUUGGCUGACCGGUUGAGACUUGGAAGCUUAACUGAAGAUGGGUUAUCGUAUAAGGAGAAGUUUAUUGUGCGUUGUUAUGAAGUUGGGAUUAACAAGACUGCUACAGUUGAGACCAUUGCUAAUCUCUUACAGGAGGUUGGAUGUAACCAUGCACAGAGUGUUGGGUUUUCAACUGAUGGUUUUGCAACAACAACCACCAUGAGAAAAAUGCAUCUCAUAUGGGUUACUGCUCGAAUGCACAUUGAAAUCUAUAAAUACCCUGCUUGGAGUGAUGUGGUUGAAAUAGAAACAUGGUGCCAAAGUGAAGGUAGAAUUGGAACUAGACGUGAUUGGAUACUCAAGGACUACGCCACUGGUGAAGUCAUUGGAAGAGCAACAAGCAAGUGGGUGAUGAUGAAUGAAGACACCAGACGACUUCAGAAAGUGAGCGAUGACGUUCGAGAUGAAUACUUAGUAUUUUGUCCUCGAGAACUUAGAUUAGCGUUCCCAGAGGAGAACAAUAGCAGCUUACGGAAAAUACCAAAACUGGAAGAUCCGGCUGAGUAUCACACGAAGGGGCUUGUGCCCCGCAGAGCUGAUUUCGACAUGAAUCAGCAUGUUAAUAAUGUAACAUACAUUGGUUGGGUCCUUGAGAGCAUACCUCAAGAAACCAUUGAUAGCCAUGAAUUGCAGUCUAUCACUUUAGAUUAUAGACGGGAAUGUCAACACGACGACAUAGUUGAAUCCCUUACAAGCGUGGAAGCGAUUGAGGAAAGGGAUUCAAUCCAUUCUCUUAACGGAAUCACAAAUGGUUUCGCUGCAGCAGCUGGAAAUAAACAACAAGACUGCAAGCAGUUUCUGCAUUUACUGAGAUUGUCAGGCGACGGUCUUGAAAUAAACCGAGGGCGAACCGAGUGGAGAAAGAAGUGUCCAAGAUAAUGAAAUAAUCCUACUACUCAGUCAGCUCCCUCCUUCCCUAGUCUUAUUAUCUUUGGUUUCAUCAGCCUCCCAUAUGAACAAUAAAAAUAUAGGCUUUUUUUUUCUUAUCUUAUUUUUGGGAUUUUGCUUUCAAGUUGUGGUUUGUUUGUUUCCAUUAGGAGUUAGGUUUAUCAAGUUUUUGUCCUCUUACUGAUAUAGAGAUCAUCAGUUGUGAAGGCAGAAGAUAGAGUGAGAAAGAGAAAUAAUUUGAUAUACCACUCAAAAACUCAAACUGGAUGAAAAUAAUAAUAAUAAUAAUAAUUAUUAUUGGUUU